AUGGAGAAUCCAAACCAUCAAAUUCCAAAUACCAUGGGCGAAUGGUCAGUACCUCAGAAAAUGGAGAAUCCAAACCAUCAAAAUCUAAAUACUAUGGGCGAAUGGUCAGUUCUUCAGAAAAUAAUGAAUCAAAACCAUCAAAAUCUUAAUACUAUGGGCGAAUGGUCAGAUAAAGCCAUGGAAAGAAGACUACAUUUGGAAAGGGUAAAGAGAGCUGUGGAGAAUAAUUAUAAUUUUACUGAAAACGUGAAACGAAACAUGACUAUAUAUACUGUUUUCUACUCCAUUACAUUUGUACUUGGAGUAGUUUUUGUUUAUGUAAAUGCACAUUUUUCAAUAGAACUGAUUGCUCCAAGAAUUGUAAGGAAUUCCAUAGCUGGGACUGGUACUUUUGCUAGUCUUGUGACAAGUAUGAAGACUAUUUCGGAAACUUUAAGUUCAGCUCGUACAAAGGAAAUUACCAUCUCGGAAAUUGAUUUAAAUAUAGCUAACCUCGCUACAGAAUAUGGUCCUGAUGUUAAAAACUUGAAAAACCCUGACCAGCACCCAGAACCUCACAGUUGGUUUAAAAGGAAGCGUAACGCAUUACUAGAUGUUAUGCUUUUCAUUUGUCUGUAUUUGUUGGGUUUAGUUUCACCGGAUAGUGGUACAAAGAAACCAUCAGAGCAAAAAUAUUUGUUGGAGGAUAUAAAAUAUAAACAGUAUAUCAUUUCUCGUGUCACUUUUCAACAGAGAAAUCGAAAAGGUCAUGUGAUUAAUGGUGAAAGUGAGAAAGAGAAAGUAGAACAAAUUUUACAUGGUUUAGGAAACGAGAUUGUUUAA